AAAACCCAUCCAAAACCUCCCCUCCAUUCGGACAACCUAUUUCUAUGUUCUGCGACACCAAUGACGAUAAUGCUAUCAUCUCCUCUGCUUCUCCCUCCUCAUUCCUUGUUCCUUACUCCGCCCCAAUGUCGCCGUUUUCUUUCCUUCAAAGCUUUAAGCGUUUCACCCGUUACCGGCGCUUUUGCUUGCAGAAGAAUGAUAGGCACCAAAGCUUCCUCCUUCUACACCGUCAAAAGUGACCUCGACUCCGUCAACAUCGCCGAAGACGUCACCCAGUUGAUUGGGAGAACGCCAAUGGUGUACCUCAACAAAGUUACGCAAGGCUGUGUAGCUAAUAUAGCGGCAAAACUUGAAUCUAUGGAACCUUGCCGAAGUGUGAAGGACAGAAUUGGUCAUAGUAUGAUAUCUGAUGCUGAGGAUAGAGGGGCAAUCACUCCUGGGAAGACUAUAUUAGUUGAACCAACUAGUGGAAAUACAGGACUUGGUAUUGCUUUUGUUGCUGCAACUAAGGGAUAUAAACUUAUAGCAACAAUGCCUGCAUCCAUAAAUGUUGAAAGGAGGGUUCUUUUACGUGCAUUUGGUGCGGAUGUUGUUUUGACUGACCCAGAGAAGGGUCUGAAAGGGGCUGUAGAUAAAGCCGAACAGAUUGUUCUCAGCAUGCCAGAUGCUUAUAUGUUUCAACAGUUUGAUAAUACUGCUAAUACCAAGGUACACUAUGAAACCACAGGGCCUGAGAUAUGGGAGGAUACUAUGGGUAGUGUUGACAUCUUUGUUGCUGGGAUUGGCACUGGCGGCACUGUUACAGGCACUGGGCGUUACCUGAAAAUGAUGAGCAAAAGCAUAAAGAUUGUUGGUGUUGAACCUGCAGAGAGAAGUGUAAUAUCGGGAGGAAACCCAGGUUAUCUGCCAAGCAUUUUGGAUGUUAAAAUUCUGGAUGAGGUCAUCAAGGUUACCAACGUUGAAGCUGUUGAAAUGGCAAGGAGAUUGGCAUUGGAGGAAGGUUUGCUGGUUGGUAUAUCAUCAGGAGCUGCUGCAGCGGCUGCAAUAAGUUUAGCCAGAAGGCCUGAGAAUGCUGGAAAACUUAUUACAGUUAUAUUUCCAAGCUUUGGUGAGAGGUACAUUCCCACUGUUCUUUUUCAUUCUAUCCAUGAAGAAGUAAAAAACAUGCCACAGAGAUAGCUUGAAACUGUUCCAGAAAUUGAGCCUACCGGAGAAUUGAGUAUUCUCAUACAGCGGAAUGGAAAAGAUGCAACUGUAUUCUUGUAAAAGGCACAGUGAUGGGAGGCUAGGCUUAAUAGCAAUGCAAGGGUCGGCUGAAUUUACACCAAAUUACUCUUGAAAUUUUCUUUUGGAUAUUUGGCUUGGCCUUGCAUUUUGUAUUCAUUUUUUCCUUUUCAUUUUACUCCAAGAACAAUGCUUCAAGUAUUGUUUAUGCAUAUUGGUUGACUUGUAGUUCAACUGGUAUGUCCUCAAAAGGGAAGAUGAGGUUGUGGGUUCUAAUCCCCCACGUAGGUAUAAUCUUUGUAUUGGAACAUUAGCAGCAAAAUGUUGAAUGGAGGAAGGAUGAUCCAAAGCGUA